AUGUCUCUGAUUCCACUACGAUCCUUCUCCGAUCAUUUACCUGUGAUUUUCGUCGAGGCGAGAUGGCAAGGAAAUCCGAGUAUGAUUCUUACGCAGUUUGGCCUUUCAAUUGACACUGAUGAAUGCAAUGUGGCCGUAUUCAGUGAGUUU